AUGUCCUCUCCCCAAGAAAGAUACAUCGCUGCAAUUGAGGCCAACCGGAAAGUCAACCCGGAUACUAUCGAAGACCUCUUCAGACAACUUCCAUCUAUCAAGCCAGAUCAAUUGCUUGGUGAGUGGAAUGGAGGGUACUUUGACACCGGACACCCGGUCGCCGCCCAGCUGGAGGAGAUCAAAUGGGUCGGAAAGUCGUUCAAAACUCUGGAAGAUGUCGAUCCUGUGAUCGUUGAGCGGGAUGGCAAGCGAGUGAGUUGGGGACAAUGGGGGUUUGCUAGCGUGCGAGAGAUGGUGUACGGAGGAGCAGUGUCUACUACCAUGAUCUACGAUGAUCGACCUAUCUUGGAUCACUUCCUUUACGUGAACGAUGGACUCCUGGCUGGUGUUAUGGAAGGGAAAGCACUUGGGCAUGACGGGCCAUUUUACUUCUACUUGAAGCGAUAG